CCGGAAAAUUAUUGGAACAAUUACAAUGGGACAAAGGCCGCAUUAUUAAAAUGGGUUGGACUGAUGCUGAACAACUAGUUGUUGUCAUGGAAGAUGGUAUUAUAAGACUGUAUGAUAUUCAUGGUGAUUUUACUCAAUUUUCUCUUGGAAAAGAAGCCAAAGAUCAUUUAGUUAUUGAUUGUAAGAUUUGGGGAACGGGUCUAGUAGCUUUGACUGGGAACUUUAAGCUUAUUGCUCUGAUAAACUUUGAAGAACCUAGGCCAAAGCUUAUGGCUGAUCCAGGAUUGAACGAACCACCUCAUAGUUGGACAUUAGUCCCACCUCAGUAUACACUCAGCCGUCAUGUAGAAGUAUUUUUAGCUACUGGCACUACGAUCUUAACUGUUGAUGCUAUAGAAUCUCAGGAUCAA